CCUUAAUUAAAUAGCUUCCCCUCUAAUGGCUUUAGCACAGGAAGUAGCACCUCCUAACUCCUGCCAGAAACAGCUCUCCCCAGCAUGAGAGCUGCCCAGCUCCUCUCGGCCAGGACAGCAAGCCUUCGCCUUAGCUUCUUGCUUCUGCUUUCCUUCUGGCUAGACCGAAGUGUGGUAGCUAAGGAGCUGAAGUUUGUGACAUUGGUGUUUAGGCAUGGAGACCGAAGUCCCAUCGAAACCUUUCCUAAUGACCCCAUUAAGGAAUCUUCAUGGCCUCAAGGAUUUGGUCAACUCACUCAGCUGGGCAUGGAGCAGCAUUAUGAACUUGGAGAGUAUUUAAAGACAAGAUAUGGAAAAUUCUUGAAUGAGUCCUAUAAACAUCAACAGGUUUAUAUCCAAAGCACAGAUGUUGACCGGACAUUGAUGAGUGCUAUGACAAACCUUGCAGCCCUAUUCCCCCCAGAAGGUAUCAGUGUCUGGAAUCCCAGCCUACCCUGGCAGCCCAUCCCGGUGCACACAGUCCCUCUUUCUGAAGAUCGGUUGCUGUACCUGCCUUUCAGGAACUGCCCUCGUUUUCAACAACUUCAGAGGGAGACUUUGAAAUCGGAAGAAUUCCAGAAGAGGCUGCAACCCUAUAAGGAUUUUGUAGAAACAUUGCCAAAACUUGCAGGAUACCAUGGCAAGGACCUUUUCGGAAUUUGGAGUAAAGUCUACGACCCUUUAUUUUGUGAGCGUGUUCACAAUUUCACUUUACCCUCCUGGGCCACGGGGGACGCCAUGACUAAGUUGAAAGAAUUAUCAGAAUUGUCCCUCCUGUCCCUCUAUGGAAUUCACAAGCAGAAGGAGAAAUCUAGACUGCAGGGGGGUGUCCUGAUCGAUGAAAUCCUCAAUAACAUGGAAAGAGCAACUCAGCCAUUGAACCACAGAAAACUUGUCAUGUAUUCUGCACAUGACACUACUGUGAGUGGCCUACAGAUGGCGCUAGAUGUUUUCAAUGGAAUCCUUCCUCCCUAUGCUUCUUGUCACUUAAUGGAAUUGUACCUUGAGAAAGGAGAGUACUUCGUAGAGAUGUACUAUCGAAAUGAGACUCAGCAUGAGCCGUAUCCCCUCACGCUGCCAGGCUGCACACACAGCUGUCCUCUGAGGAAGUUUGCUGAGCUGGUUGCCUCUGUGAUCCCCGAGGACUGGCCCACGGAGUGUAUGAUCACGAGCAGCCACCAAGUUCUAAAGAUCAUCCUUGCUAUUGCCUUUUGCCUGGUGUCUGGUGUCUUAGUGGUACUGCUGCUUACCCUCAUUCGCCAUGGGUCCUGCUGGCAGAGAAACUCCUAUCGGACCAUCUGA